AUGGCUUCGAAGGUUGUAAAGUGGAUUGCUCUGUGCUUCUUUGUGGGUUCCGUGCUCUCUAGCGUCUGUGUUAAUGGCGAUACGUUUACCACGUUCAAUGACUACGAUCCUGCGGGUCAUAAUUACUCCAUUGAUGGGCUAUAUUGCGCCACAUAUGACUCUAACGAGACACUAGAGUGGCGCAGCGAAUACCUUUGGACUGCGUAUUGUGACAAAGCUGGCCAGCCCAUGGAACCUUUCCUCUGCGGCACCUGCAUCCAAGUGACAAAUGAUUCGACGCUUCAAAAUGUGACCGUACGAAUCGUGGACGAGUGCCAAAAUGGAGGACUGGUUUUAGAAACUGAUGCUUUUAAUGCCAUUGAUAAAGAUGGAAAAGGACAGCAUAAUGGCCAUAUGCUUAUCACCUACAAGUUCGUGGGCUGUUAG